AUGUUCUUUGUGGGGUCUAGGAGCACACCCACUGGCAGCAUGGAGGAUGCAGCCAUUGAGGCGGCCCGUGAGAGGCUGAGACAGGUGGGUCUGGCAAGAGGGGUGAGCGAGGGAAGGGCAACAGGAGGAGGAGGACUGGAGCUAGCAGCAUCAGCUGCACCAGCAACACAGCCACCUGCUCCGAGUGCUGCUGCUAUCUCACCCCGAGCUGGAUCGUCUCUUUGCAGUAGCGGUUCCACCGGCAAGAGUGGAAUGCUCAAUCCUAGCCUCGUGGCCAGUCCUGUUGUCAACAGAAAUGCGAUGCUCAGCAGCGGUACUUCUGGCCUCGUGCCUGUAAACACAGAUCCCGCUGUUGCUCUCCUCACGUAUCGGGUUGCUUGCAUCUUGCAGUGGCUCCGGAUCUACGGCUCAGAGUUCAUCUCUGCAGAGACGUGCUUCAAGGACAACUCACAGGGAAGGGUCCUGCCCAUGCACCACCCGGUUCGGGAUCUUCCGAACCUGUUGGCCAGGUUUGGCGCUGUUCCCCAGCCUACGGUCGGAAGCAGCUGCUUUCCUGAGUGGGAGGAGUGGCCCCAGGGGAACGAAGCUACUAUGAAGUUUCCUGAUGACCCAAGCGCCAGAUGUUUCUGGCUGGGCAGGGCGGAUGACAGGCAAAGUCUCAGGGACAAAGGCCAGGUGGCAGCGCCGCAGGGGAGAACCCGGAAAGCGCGGAAAGCUCCCAGCAAAGAACCGCUUCCUCCUCCUCGGAGUGAGAUGCGUCCCAUCGUGCGCUGCAGGGCAGAUGUGGACUUGAUAGUUGAGUUUGCCGGUAUGCUCUUCGAGCCACCGGUGUGCGCCCACUGCAGCGCAUGCCUCACCUCAUACACUCUCCUAGUCCCCUUUGUCGCUCUCGUUGCCAACUUUGCCUAUCACCCCGCCUCCGUCCUUCUUGACCAUUUCAUCUCCGUCUUCCCGCCCCACACCGCUGAGUUUCACGAGGUUGUCAACCGGUUGGCGCUGGAUGGUCACACACGGCGUUGCAGCGUGCAUGCGCUGCGCGAACGGGUGGAGCAGGUUCCGAUCUCCUUCCUGCUCUCCCUUGCCCUUAUCUUCCCCAGUGAGCUCUUGCAGCAGAGUGGGAUUCAAGGCGAGCUGAACUCGUGGGCUGCUGGAAGAAGCUGUGGGGCGAAAGGGAAGGCUGGCAGGAGGAGGGCAGGGAGUGGGGACUGUGUGGACGGUGGGGAAACAGGGGGAGGUGGGCUUGGUGAAGGUGAUUGCGGAGGUGUGUUGGAGGAGGUGCAGUCGUGGUUCGUGGUGGCGAUGCUGCCGGCCGGUGCCAUGGAGGGGGGCGGGCCCGGCUGCAGCGGCAGCCAGUCAAUAAAGCGUGCUACAAUGGCACACAAGAGAUUGGUUGCGGAGAUGUAUGACUGCUCUCUGCUGCCCAGGUUCUGUGAAGACUUAAAGCACACGGGUGGGCGUGGCAGUGCCUGUGGCAGUAGCGGCAGCAAACGGAAGGGCAAGAAGGCGGGGGAGGCGGCUUAUGGCAUGGCCGGGGGGAGUCAAUCUGGUGGCAUGUCUGCGAGAGAUGCUGCUGGGGGAGCCUUGCUACCACCCGGCCUCCGAUGCUGCUCGCUCCACCUCGGCUGCUGUAAGAACCCGUGUUGCGUCGUCAACUGCUGA